AUGUCAUCAAACGUACCAUUGGGAACUGCAGACAACAAUGUCGUGACUUCCGACGAGAAUUUGUCUCAAAUUCACAAUGACAUACUCCAGCCGAGGUUGAGUUUUGCUUUUCAGAAGGACACACCUAUACAGCCAUUUUUCAGGCAAAAUAAAGCUGCCCUUGAUGAUACUGUAUCGGCAAAUGACGAGGCGUUUGUAUUGAGCUUCUUACGAUUUAGUGGAAGCAUUCCAUAUCUUGAGCUUGCGGAGGCAUUUGAAAAGAUAGAAGCCACAACAAAGAGAGCAGUUGCAUCAUCUUCUGGAAAAUCCGUUGCCUCCAUCAAAGCAGAUGUUUCUCGGUUGGGAGAUCUGGGAAAGGUGAUGCAGGCUGUUUCUCGGAAAACAGAUCGCGUGCACUCGCUACUCGUGGCAUGUAGGGGAAGCGAGCCCAAGUAUCUUAUCCGCUCUCUUGAGGGAAAACUUCGUAUUGGACUUGCAGAGCAAUCCGUACUGAUUGCUCUUGCGCAGGCAUCUGUGCAGUUUCUUCAUCAGUUUCAAGGAGGCCCCGUCGAAAUUAAAAAGGCCUUUUUCAAAAAGGGCCUUGAUGCCGCGCUUGAAGAUGGCGUCUCCAUGAUAAAUGAAAUUCCGGCAUAUGAGAGAAUUAUUCCCCAUUUGAUGGAUAUCGCGGAGGGCGGUAUUGCAACCAUCACCAGCAAGGUCAAAAUGGAACCAGGGUGUCCCAUUCGCCCUAUGCUGGCACAUCCAACCUUUGCUCUUACCGAGGUUCUUGAUCGAUUCGAGUCGAUUCCAUUCACUUGUGAAUACAAAUAUGACGGAGAGCGCUGUCAGGUUCAUUAUUCAAAGCUCGACAGUUCGCCCAUGAAAUGCUCCUUGUUUUCACGGAAUCUCGAGGACAUGUCCCAAAAGUAUCCAGAUAUCAUUUCCAACUUGUCCAAAAGCAUGGAAAAUUGCAAGAUGCCGUUGAAAUCCUUUGUAUUAGACUGCGAGGCGGUUGCUUGGGACCCGGUCAGUAACAAGAUCCUCCCCUUCCAAGUACUUAGCACUAGAAAAAGAAAGAACCUCUUUUCGAGAAAGAAGACAGCUGCUUCAUUCGAAUUUUCCCAUCGAGGAAGGGUGUUUUUAUCACGCCUCCUAUUUGGAUUGCACAAAGACGGAUGCGAGGGGUUGAUGGUAAAGACGCUCGAUAACGAGUGCUCCUGGUAUGAGCCCUCAAAACGAUCCAGAAAUUGGCUCAAAAUCAAGAAGGAUUACUUGAAUUCUACGGCCUGCGAUUCACUCGACCUGGUGGUGAUUGGAGGCUAUUUUGGCAGAGGAAAACGGGCAGGUGUGUUUGGUGGCUUUCUGCUUGCAUCUAUUGAUGUUGCGGAUGAUGACAACAAUUAUUGGAAAACAGAUAAAAGGCAGGCGCAUGAUGCUGAAGGUUCUUCCGAUCACGCGGAAGAUGAGGAUCCUGCCGAUGGGAAUGACAUGGACGUCUUUCGCUUCCAAGCAAUAUGUAAGCUUGGAACCGGAUUUUCGGAAGCAGAGCUGGAGCAACACUCGAUCGAAUUUAAAAAUCUUAUCAUCCCCAUUCCUCCUCUGCACUAUGAUGUCACUGAAAAUAUAAAGCCAGAUGUUGAUCCUUCAAAAGGCAUUUCGCUUCGCUUUCCGAGGUUCAUUAGAAUACGCGAAGACAAAAAGCCCGAAGAUGCUACUCGUUCGUCUUUGAUUGCAGAGAUGUACAAUUUGCAGAUGAAUGCCGUGAAAUCUUCCUCCACCAGCAUUGGCGGCGCAUUUGAAGAUGAGUUUUAUUGA